UGCCCUCUUGAUUGGACUCAACACCAAUCUUCUUGCUAUAAACUAUCCUCUAAUACCCUGGAAUGGAUCGCGGCAAAAUUUGCGUGUGAAGCACUCGGAUCUUAUCUCGCAAUGUUGGAUUCAUCAGCUGAACAACAAGAAAUUGUUUGGGGAAGCAGGACAUGGAUUGGUUUGCACCGAGACUCAAGUAAUAACUCACGCUGGCAAUGGAUUGAUGGUUCGUUAGCGGUUUACCUAAACUUUGAUUCUAACGAACCAAACAACUGGAAUCGCCCUGAAGAUUGCGUAGAAAUGCAUCCGUCAAGGAAAUGGAAAUGGAAUGACUUGAACUGUAAUACUCCUCUUCAUUAUUCUUGUGAACUGUCGUCGGGUAGGUCACGUUAUUUUGGGACAACAAGAAAUGAAAUAGUUUUAUAUUCAAAGAGACGUAUCUCAAACGUUUUCUGGCAAUUUUUCUUUUAAAAAGAAAAGUCAGAAUGGUGUAGAUUGAAAUAAUAAUAGCUCCUACAAGACUAGCCUAGUAUUUUAUAUUUGAUAGUAACUAAUGCCAUGUACUCGUGUAGCGCAUUUUCAAAAGUUACUAGUAAGGGGGCUUACCUACCUAUUUAUAUUUUCUACAAACACACACACACACACACACACACACACACACACACAAACUCUUUAUUGUCAUUAAGUCGCUGUUUUUCGUCUGCGGUCAUUGCCCAAUAGCGGUUUUCUGGAGGAUUGGAUAAUAUUUUACCAGAUUUGUGACACGAUUGCAUGACGGUUUUAUGUUCGAUUCUGCAGUAAACACAGCCUCGUUCCCUGGGUCUUCUCCUACUCUCCGGAAUUCGAAUAAGAGAGACGCUCCGGAGAAAAAGUAGAAUAGGACACUGAAACUAGGUUGCAGCAAACUAAGGCGAAUCGCGAAUUUAACUGAAAUCAAGAACACAAAUAACUCCUCUGAGAAAAAGUAUGUUGCUAAAAUGUCCUUACGUCCACGAGCACAAGGCCGGUCACUGCAUGGUCGGGCAGGCAGCGAAAAGAAAAGAGUGAUUUUUUUUUUCGUUUUUGGUUGGAAGAAAUUGAGUUGAGUAUUCUAAUGAAAUUGAAUUAAAAAGACAACAAAUGAGAAGAAAAAAAACAGCAACAACAAAAAACAGAAAUUUCAAUUAAUGAAGAGCCCAAAUUGAAGAUCAAGUCCCAGAUAACAGUUAUUAUUAUUACGUUAGACAAAAGCAAAACGCGGUUAUGAACUUUUUGACACGUUUAAAGGUCUAAGUAAUCUAUCCAUCGAUCAUCAGUGUCGUCAUUGUUUAUCUUCUUUACUUUUUUAAACUUGCUUUAUAUCUCAUCUUUUAAAGGAUUUACGUGCCGAAAACUCUCCUCCUUAAAUGAGGUACAAAUUUUGCCCGACAGUUGUGUUGCAUACAAUCAAAGAUACCACUCAAUUUGCUCAUUUUCCUGCGCUAAUGGAAAACAAAUUAAUGGCCCUUCAUCUGUUCGGUGCGGAAUAAGAGGAUACUGGAGCGAGGAAGUGAACGAAGUCAGUUGU